GAAGUGCCCUUUCUUACCUGUCUAGGAAGUUGUGGCGCCCUCUCCCUGCUCUCCGUUGCCGUGAGGCUCAUCUCGGGGUACAUCAGUGCACUGCGGCUCAGUGCUUGGUACCUCGACCGACAGCCAAUCUGCAACUCUGCGACUUCGCGCUGUCGCGUGGGUGCGACUGCCGAGCUUGUGUUACGUCUCUCUUUCGGUGCCCAGCACCAACCCCUUCUUGCAAUGUCUGGCCACCCAUCUUGGCGGCUGCUGCCGGCCACGGCCCCCGGAAUCCCCACCCUUCUGGUCUCGACAGCCUUCACAGCCGACUCAUACACCGUCCAUUUGUCCGACCUCGCCAACCUCUGGGUCGAGAGCCUGGAAAGGAGGCCUAUCAUAAAACGGGGGAUGGUGGAGGACACAAGCAUUGACCCCAGUGAUGGGCCCGACCAGAUCCGAAAGAUGCUUGAACUCCUGCGGGCCGCUUUUGACAGCAACGAUGCCGAGCACGGGAAUACGUCUCUAACGCUCACGAGGGGUGAUGAUGACGACUCCCUCGUGGUCCACGUCACCUGUGUACUUCCAAAGCCGUUGAAGCCCUUCAAGUGGCCAAUGCAUUUGAAGAAAUGCUCACAAUCAACCCUCGCCUCCGAGCUUGUGCUCCCAAUGAUACAAGCACACGAGGCACGCAUGCGGGAGAUCGACCAGCUCGUCUCGCUCCUUCGAGAGAAGGAUGGCGUCAUCUCUAGGCUCAUCGACAAACUAGAAGGUACAGGCACCGGCCUUGAGUACGUUUUCAACGCGCUAUCCGGAAAGCGCAAGGUCACUCGAGCCACGGCCGAGGGACGAGUCAAGGGACUUGCCCCUUUUUCAGAGUCCGAUUUCCGGAGCAAAACCCCAGACCUUCGCGCCAUCACGCAAUCGUCCGACGUUUCAUCCAUGUUAAGCUCGGUCUUCGGCCCACCCGGCUUGCAAUACAAGUCAGACUUGGAACUGGAGGCAUCAACAGCGCUAGAUGGCUGGUGGACGAACCUAUCCAAAGGCAGGAAUCUUCUUCUGUCGGCUCGCGCAGAGAAGGAGAUAUCACAAACUAUCCCAACGCCGCGGGAACCCGAGGCAGCCAAGGAAGAGGAUGAUGACUUCCAAAUCCAGGCCACUCCACCAGGCGUGAAGUCCACUCGGAAACGCGGCAGCCCCCCACGAGUGAUGGACGACGAUGAGACAUCAGACGGUGAAGACAUGGCGGAAGCCCCAGUCCCCGCUCUGUCUCCGGUCAAGCCCAAGACAGCGAUGCCCAAGCUUGGAGCGAUUGGCAGGCAUAAGAAGCCGUCCCCUUCUCCUCCUUCUCCGAGUAUGCCGGAGCGGUCACCCAGAGCCCAGGCCGCGACCUCUGAUACCCACUCCGAGACUGCCUCGGAAGUGGAUGAGAAUGAUACCGCUCAGUCCCCCCCGCCUCCACCCCCCAAACCAGUCUCUAAAAGGGGUGGCUUGGGCCAAAUUGGUGGAAAGCCAAAGCCUGAAGCUCCACCCAAACCGACACGCUCACCAUCCCCGGCGGCCCCCCCGGAUGAGCCAUCAAGCCAGCUGCCGAGGAGGAACAAGCUGGGUAUGAUUGGGAAAAAGGCCGCGAGCCCAGAUGCAUCUGUGACAAGUACGGGCGACGAGGCAAGGGGCCGAAGCAAAACCCCUGCCUUGGAGCCCAAGAAGGAACAAGUGCGAGAAACGUCACAGGAACGAGCUGACCGCAAGCGGGCUGAGCUUCAGAAAGAGAUGGAAAAGCGAGCGGCGGCGGGGCCGGCGAAGAAGAAGCGGAAAUUCUAACGCUGGGUGGGCACAUCGGAAUGUCGUCAAAGAUUCACAUUUCCUUGAAGUUGUAAAUAACAAGCACCACCACACACAGACAUGCUACCGUGUCGAAAAUUGCUUACGCUUCUGCCCGCUAUCCGCUCCGCCAAUUUGAUCGUCCGCCCUUUCUAGGUACCGAGUUACUCGCCGCAUCAGGGGCUUUGUCGGUCGGACCACCACCC